CACCAAGAACUCUUCGUGCUGCCUCGUUGGAAAGCACAUAAAGCUAUUUUGUUUGGAAGGGAAAAACCGAUCAAUACAACAGCCUCGGAUAACUGUUAUUGUACAGCACUGAUGUUCACGUCUCAGGAAUAUCAUCUAGAAAUCCGCGAGGAACUCGUAACUGCAUAUAUGCCAUCCCUUCUUAAUGAAAUAGAAGGAAGUCAAAUGAACGGAGUGAUUAUCCCAUACGAUUUAAGUUCAUCCUCGUACAAGAGCUUUUCUUUCUGGCAAGACGACGAUGAUGAUAAUGAUAAUGAAGUG